UGUUCCUGUUGAGUCCGACGUGGUGAGUGGUCGUGUGGUAAAUUAAGCUCGCUACUAUCACAUAUUUUUGUGAAAAAAUCAUUUAAAAAACCAAAAAAAAAAAAAUAAAAAUAUAUAAAAAUCAACAAAAAAAAUUACAAAAAGUAGCAAAAAUCGAGCAAGUGUAUAAAACUUCUUUUAAGUUUUUCUUUUGUGUAGAUUUUUCUCUUCAACGUUAUUGAAGAGAGCGAUUGAAAGAACAGAAUUCGUAACAAGCCUAUACGCAUUAUGUGGUCACAGCGGGACCCAUCUUUGCGUCGUUCGGCCGUGGGAAAUGUCUUUAUUAAAAAUCUUGAUAAAAGUAUUGACAAUAAGGCGAUUUAUGACACUUUUUCUGCGUUUGGCAACAUAUUGAGUUGUAAAGUUGCAACCGACGAAAAGGGCAAUUCAAAAGGAUAUGGUUUCGUACAUUUUGAAACCGAAGAAUCAGCUAACACUUCGAUAGAAAAGUUCAAUGGCAUGUUGUUAAAUGCUAAAAAAGUCUACGUAGGUAAAUUCAUUCCACGCAAGGAACGCGAGAAGGAAUUGGGAGAAAAAGCAAAACUGUUUACUAAUGUGUACGUAAAGAAUUUUGGAGAAGAUUUUGAUGACGAGAAGUUGAAGGAGUUAUUUGAGCCUUUCGGGAAAAUAACCAGCUAUAAGGUAAUGGUUAAAGACGAUGGUAAAAGUAAAGGUUUCGGCUUCGUAGCUUAUGCGACCACCGAAGCAGCUGAAGCCGCUGUUGACGCGUUAAAUGGAAAGGAUAUGGGGGAGGGUAAGGUAUUAUAUGUUGCUCGUGCACAGACAAGCAGCACAGGCCAAGCAGAAAAGUGAGAGCGGCAUAGGCAA